GACAUCGAUGGUGUUGGGCGUAAGUACCACCUGGAAUUGGUGUUAGAGGACUUCCUUGACAAGGACAGUACUGUUAACUGCACUGCUGAGGUUCUUUAUCAUCUGGGCAACCAAAGGCGUGCUCCAGAUGUGCAGUUCACACUGGAAGGAGAGCUUAAGAGCACAGACGAAGCAGAUAACAGAUUCUACAGUCGAAUCAAGAGCCUGGAAAAAGAGCUCGUGGCAGAAAACAUACCAGACAGCCACGGGAACGUGUCCCCCGAAAUGGAGCCUGUGCGCCUGCUGGCGUGGGCCGCCUCGGGCUAUGUGGUAUGGCAGAACUCCACUGAACACACCAAGCUCCAACUUGCCCAAAUUAAAUGUGUGAAGCAAGUG